GCUCACAGAUUCACCCUCUCUCCACAGUCUUCCUGUCUGCUGGCCUAGGGGUACUUGCUCCCCCAGAGACCUACCCCCCACCUGUGACCAGUGCCAGCUGGGAGCCCCGGCUGGGGAUGUCCUUCCCAUCAGGUUCCUGCACCAUGCCCACAGAAGGCCAAGCUAUGGUGGAGCCCACUGGGCAGGGCCCCAAGAACCCACGUGUGUCCGGUGUGAUGGUACAGUUGGAGAUGAAGCCACUAUGGGAAGAAUUCAACCAGCUGGGCACGGAAAUGAUUGUCACCAAAGCGGGCAGGAGGAUGUUCCCCACCUUCCAGGUGAAGAUCUUGGGCAUGGACACAUUGGCUGACUAUGCUCUGCUCAUGGACUUCAUCCCGCUGGAUGACAAGAGAUACAGGUAUGCCUUCCACAGUUCUGCCUGGCUGGUGGCUGGCAAGGCUGACCCCGCCACACCUGGCAGAGUGCACUUCCACCCUGACUCGCCAGCCAAGGGUGCCCAGUGGAUGCGUCAGAUCGUGUCCUUCGACAAACUCAAGCUGACCAACAACCUGAUGGACGACAACGGCCAUAUCAUUCUCAACUCCAUGCACCGUUACCAGCCCCGUUUCCAUGUGGUCUUCGUGGACCCACGCAAGGACAGCGCCCGCUAUGCCCAGGAAAACUUCAAGUCCUUUGUUUUCACGGAGACCCAGUUCACAGCUGUGACAGCCUAUCAGAACCACCGGAUCACACAGCUGAAAAUUGCCAGCAACCCCUUUGCCAAAGGCUUCAGAGAGAGUGACGCGGACUCAUGGCCUGUGUCCCCAAAGCCACUGUUCAGCAUCUCAGCCCGGAGUCGUAGCAGUCUCGGUCCUUGCCUGCUUAAGGGUUCUGCAGAACGAGAGAAAGAAGCCAGUAAAGUUUCAGCUUCCAACUCCAGGACCCCUACCCAGCUGCACCAUCAGCUGCUGCCUGCCCCAGAGGUCCUGCUGGCCCCUGCCACCUACAGGCCCCUCCCUUACCAGGACCUGUACCCUGGAGGCCCUGGCCACGUUGGAAUCCCAAGGGCUCGGCUGGCACCGUACCCUCUCCCCAACAUCGGCACUGAUGGAGAUCAGGAGGACCCAACCCUCCCAGCCAGACUGGGGCUCCUGCCCUCCUCUGCCUUGUGCUUGGGAUCUAGCCAGGACUCCCAGUGA